UCAUCUGGGAGAAACAGUCAUGUUAGCACCAUUACACUGAGUGGCAAGACAUUGGAAGGCACAGAGACCAGUGGGAACAGAACAACAAUGUGUCCACUCCAGGGCUAUCUGCUUGGGUCAGCAAUUGAGUUGCCAGAAACAAAGAAGGAACAUAGAACAUCACUUGGGGAGCUGUUUCAGAGGACAAAAAUGACAGAGGAAAAUUCUGUCGCUAAAUGCGAGAGCGGAGAAAAGAAGGCAGACAAGGAAACAAAUAAAUCUGCUAUACGUCUCGUGAAAAGGAUACUGAAGAAAAGAAUGGUCCAUGAUUCCUCUCGGACCUCCACCACAGUGACUGGGGGAAAUGUUAUCUCUGCUUCAAUGGAGACGAAACUGCAUAAGAUCCUCCACAUGUUCCACAAGAAAGUCUAUCCUGAAAACUCAACUUCUGCAUGGAAAUCAGAUAAGCCCCACAAGAAUGAACCAAAGAACAACAUCACCUAUGAGGAGGGGUACUAUGACGGAGAUUAUACGCACCCAGGGGAAGAUAUCAUAAUAUUUCCCCAUACAACCCUUUCAAAAGAGAGCAUACGAUGCUUCAAGAGACACUCAAACCCAUCACAACUCACAAUCAGUGGAAGCAAUUCAAAUGGGAACAGCGAAAACUGGAUCAAUACAGAUGCAGACUGUAAGUACACAUAUAGCUACCUUUCCCAAAAUCUAUUUUAUGCUCCAGACUUCAUGGUGAUUAUAAUUUGAUUAUAGAAACUAAAUUCUGAGCC